GCAAACUCCAUAAAGAACGUCGAUAAAUGUCACGCGCUUUACGGAAGUGACAACCCAGUUGAAAACAUUGUCGAAAAGAUCGACCGAGAAAAAUCGAACGAAAGUUCGACCUAUAUUCGUAGGCCAAUAACUGAUAGAUAGUCCACGGCAAAUCCAGCUUAUGGACUUGAUUAGUACGACUUCUGAGCGGCUCAUUUAAUAUUUGAACAAUGCAAUAGAAUUUUCCAAUAGUGCAUAUGUUACUUGUAUCGAAGUACAUUGUAUAGCGACAUAAUAUAUUUGAAUAUUUGAGGUUCUUGAUCUGAACGAUAUUCUGCGGAAAAAAUCUGGAGCGGUCACAGGUCCCCUGUAAGGCGACACAGAUUUCGACACCAAAGCGCGGGGAGGGAAUCGAGGGUGUACUGUUCCAACUGGGGUGUAUACCCCGGGGGGGUCCACUUGCAUCAAAAGCCCCUCGAGGCCCCCUCAACAUAUGCAUUUUCACUCGACCACCACAAACAAAUGAUACCUACAAUUCUGAUCGGUUUAUUCGUCGGAUUUUGUGAUGGUUUACGUGGACCUCAUCAUCCACGAAGUCCUGUCUCUCAUCACCAUUAUGUCCCCCAGAAAGAUGUUAAAAUAACGCAAGAUGCACAACUACUACAGGAUGCUACCCACUUAAAAGAAGACAUAGGAUCAAUGGCGGAUCAAUUGGACUUUUCGAACAUGACUGAACAAGAAAUCGAAUUCCAUUACUUCAAAGUUCACGAUAUCGACAAUAAUGCUAAAUUGGAUGGAUUAGAAAUUCUCUAUGCGAUUCAACAUACGUUUCACGAGAACAGACUCGCCAAUACUGAACGUGAAAGUUCGAGUGAAGAUACCAGAACCAUGGAUUACGAAGAUGAUUUGCCUUGGAUCAUAGAACUUGUAGACAGAGUACUGAGGGAAGAUGACUUAGAUCAUGAUGGAUACCUUGGAUAUAUUGAGUAUGUACUUGGAAGACAAAGAGAUCAUAUUGCUCAAGCAAAACGGAAUAACAAAUUGGAGAAUUAAAAGCACAUCUAGUACAACGCCUUUGGCCGAUGAAAUAAUUAAUAGAAUCCUGUAUAACAUAUAAAUUUAUGUCAAAAACAUACGAAAAACAAGACCUUUUGUUUCUUUCUAAUUAAUUGAUUUGUAACAAUUGUCUUCAACUAAAAUGUACAAAAACUGUAAUUUUUAAUACAAUCCAUUUUAAUCUGCAAAA